UUCAAAAAUUAAUUGUCAUCUCGGUUUUCAACCUUGCAUAACAUACCCUCAUCAUUUUAGUUUUUGUAGAGAAUCUCUCCUACAUAAUCAAAAAUGAGUCCAUUCUUGUCCAUGCUGUCUGAUGGAUUUGCUUUUCUUAUUACAAUUAUGAUUUUUCUUGCAAUUCAAUCUGAGUGUAAUUUUCCAGCAUCACCUAAAAUAGAAGGAAAAAAAGCAAACCUGAUUUUCCCAUAUCCAUGUGAUAGUACAGUAGUUACAUUACAGCAAUCAAACAGACGGCCAUUUUAUAGUUCAACAGAUGGCUCAUCCCUGUCUUUGCCUGAAGAUCAGGUUCAGAGAUUUAAGGUAAAGAAUAUAAUUAACAAUGGAAGCUGCUCUCUGGAUCUCACAAUAAGGGAUCUCUUGAGAGGUGAUCAAGGGACAUACAUAUUGUUUGUAUACAAGGAUGGUAACAUAGUAGGUGAUGAUAUACAUAGGAUAUAUCUUCAGGUAGACUUUCCUCCUGGUAAUGCCUCAUGUGUUGUGAGUGAUGAUAGGGGUGGAGACUGGGUAGCAGUAGACUGUACAGCUAAUGCUGGAAGUCUACGAGGGAAGAUUGAAUGCUAUCAGAAUGGUCUGUGGAUGCCUUCCCUGACUGACCCAGUGGAAAUUGGCUCUUUAUUGAAACAGACCUUUCUCACCAGGAAAUCUCAGCCAGCAUUUUGCUGCUCUUCUAGUGUCUUUGAAGAUAAACCAAGAUGUGAAUGUAAUGAUACUAGUCUAAAUCAAAAUGAUAAUGACAGUAACCAUCCUUGUCCACUUUCAUCAGAAAGUUCAACAAUGUAUCAUCCCUCUAUUGUCAUUGAAAAUAACCCUAGUGAUAAUUAUACUACAACUUUAUCAACACCUACAAAUAACACGAGAGAAUACAAUUACAAGAAAGAAGUUAUUGCUCUGUCAUUUUUCUUGUCCCUAAUCAUUUUAUUGCUGAUAUUCAGUCUAAUUUGUCUCUAUAAAAUGAGAAUUCAUGAAAAGGAAAUGUUAUUCUGCUUAUCAAAUGGCCAUGCACUACAAAAAAAUGGUUCAUUCAAGAAAAAUGCAGACUUUGAGUUUCAAGAUCAGUUAUCAUUUGAGAGGAUCAGUGUCAAACCUUAAGAUUAUUGAGAGGGACGCUAUUUGUUUCCAUGUACUUCCGAAUAAUGAAGAGAAAAGUCCCUAUAAUAGGUGAUCACAUAAUUAAAAUCAAUGGCAAAU